GAAAACAAAAUCCGAGAUGCCGAGUUCAGCCAAAAUUGAACUCAGGUCGUCAGGUGCUUGACUCGUUUCGGCGGAAAUUUUCCGAUAAAUUUCAGGAAAGCCACCAUUGCCUAUUACAGCUGAGACUACCCUUCAACCGGAUCCAAAGCACCAAAUCUGUGUUCUCUUUCUCCGAUCAGAUUCUCCCUCUCCGCCUUUGUGUGUGUAUAUAUAUGUGCAGUCCAUUAGAUAUCCAAAUCAUUCAUGACCUCUUUCGAAAGCUUAAAUCUUCAUGAUUCAUUUGAGUUUCCUCUAUCCUAGGUUUUUUUCCUUAGGUUCCAGGUAGAUUUGGCUAGUGAGUUUUCGUUUUCAUAGGUGCUAGGGAGUAGUGGGAAUUCACUUUCUCUUUCGUUUUUAGCUGUCAUUUUGGAAAAUCAAUAUUGGGAAUUUUGUUCUGUCGCUUAGAACUUGAGAAUUGGGGCUAGAUUUUGAUUUUAGAGAUUUUUGAGUUGAUUCACAAUGGCCUCAUAUAGGCCAUUUCCUCCACAAUCCACUUUCCCGCCGCCCCCACAACCACCACAACAGCAACAGCAACAGCAACAGCAGAGACCUAAUCAGUAUACUCAAAACUACUCUCAGAUGGCUCCAGCUGGAGCAGCUUCUUCCUCUACAUUCCCCCAAAACUAUCCCCAAAUUCCUACCCAGCAGAAUUUCUCACAACAUUAUCCUCCUCGGCAUGCUCAACAACCUGCCCCUCCACCACCACCACCUCACCAACAGUAUCCAUAUCAGCCACCCCCGCCACCCCCAGCACCAGAAUCAUCAUACCCACCUCCACCUCCGCCACCAGCAGCUCCAGCCCAACAGCAACCACCACCUCCUAUGUACUACCCAUCAUCACAGUAUUCUCAGUAUGGUCAUCAGCCAUUGCAGCAACCAAUGCAGCCACCUCCUCCGCCCCCACCCCCUUCAUCACCUCCUAGCUCUUCAAUACCACCCCCGCCACCUCCCAGCUCCCCACCCCCACCUCCUCCUAAGGAUAGCAUCACAGAAAGAGGCAAACCGGUGCCUGAGGUAAGGAGAGAACGCGGGCAUUCAAGUCAUAGUGGUGUAGUCAAACAAAAGCCGCAGAAGCCACCAGUUCCGCCUGGGGGCAAGAAGGGGAAUGGACCAUCAGGGAGGGUGGAAACAGAGGAGGAGAGAAGGUUGAGGAAAAAAAAGGAGUUUGAGAAGCAAAGGUUAGAGGGUAAGCAUAGGCAGCAGUUGAAAGAAUCUCAGAACACAAUUCUGCAGAAGACCCAGUUGUUAUCUUCUCAGAAGGGGCAUGGUUCUAUUGUUGGGUCCCGUAUGGGGGAUAGGAGGGCAACUCCAUUACUGGGUGGGGAGAGGAUUGAGAAUAGGUUGAAGAAGCCAACAACUUUCUUAUGCAAAAUGAAAUUCCGGAAUGAACUUCCUGAUCCAAGUGCACAACCAAAGUUCAUGACUCUGAAGAGAGAUAAAGAUCGAUUUACAAAAUACACAAUCACCUCAUUGGAGAAAAUGCAUAAGCCUCAACUGUAUACUGAGCCAGAUCUUGGGAUACCGCUUGACCUGCUUGAUCUCAGUGUCUACAAUCCACCUAAGGUUAGGCAACCUCUUGCUCCGGAAGAUGAGGAGUUGUUGCGUGAUGAUGAUGAAUUGGUUACCCCCGUAAAACGAGAUGGCAUAAGAAAAAAAGAACGGCCCACUGAUAAAGGUGUUUCUUGGCUGGUGAAAACUCAAUAUAUAUCUCCUUUAAGUAUGGAAUCGGCCAAGCAGUCCCUUACUGAAAAACAAGCAAAAGAAUUGCGAGAAAGUAAAGUAGGCCGUAACCUUUUGGAGAACCUCAAUAACAGAGAGAGUCAAAUCAAGGAAAUUGAAGCAUCUUUUGAAGCAAGCAAGUUACCCCCUGUCCAUGCAACCAAUAAAAAUUUGAGGCCCGUUGAAAUUUUGCCAUUGCUACCUGAUUUUGCUAGGUACAAAGAUAAAUUUGUCUCUGUGACAUUUGAUAAUGCUCCUACGGCUGAUUCAGAAUCCUAUAGCAAGUUGGAUCAAUCUGUUCGUGAUGCCUGUGAAUCACAGGCUAUUAUGAAAGCUUGUGUCACAUCUAGCUCAGAUCCAGCUAAACAGGAAAAAUUUUUAGCGUACAUGGCCCCUAACCCUAAUGAGCUGUCAAAGGAUGUUUAUGAUGAAAAUGAGGAUAUUUCAUAUAACUGGGUUCGUGAGUACAACUGGGAUCAGGUGCGAGGUGAUGAUGCUAAUGACCCAACAACAUUCCUUGUUUCAUUAGACGAGGAUGCAGCACGCUAUGUGCCUCUUCCCACAAAGAUUAAUUUAAGGAAAAAGCGAGCCAGUGAGGGAAGGUCCGCGGAUGAGGUAGAGCAAUUUCCACCACCAUCAAGAAUAACAGUAAGGAACAGACCAACUGCUGCUGCAAUAGAAAUCAGGAAUACAGGGGCUAAUUCAAAUUCAAGAGGUAAUAUCCUGAAUUCAAGGAUGGGAAUGUCAGAUGAUGAUGAUGAUGCCCUUGCAAGAAUGCGGAGGCUUGCUAAAGGCAAGGGUAUUGACCAUUCCGGUGGAGCUGAAGAUGACUUGUCUGAUUGAUUGGUCCUAAUGCAAGUGCUGCAAUAGGAGGAAGUUUUGAACUUCUAGAGUUGGUGUUGCAGGUGACUUUAGGAAACUGUUUAUGUGGAUGCUGCAGUGAAAUAAAGUAAGAAAUAUUAGCCCGUGUACAUGCCAACCAUCCGAAAUAUACAUGUUCAGGAUGUAGCUGGUUUUAGUAGAAAUAGGUUUUUUCAAUACCAUAAAAAAGCAGAAAGAAUGAAGGUGUAGAGAAGUUCGUCAAGGCUUGAUGUUUUGAUGUACUGUAUACAUCUUAAGGUUAAUCAAAAUAACAGUUAAAUCUUCGUUUCUCUUUGUCCUCAA